GGGCUCCUGGGCUGGUAAUGGGAGCACUGGCCUGAGCUCUGCCAGCGGAGCCCCCAGUGCGGAGCGGAGAUUCAUAUCACCAAGCUGAGGACAAGGAGGAACAACCCAGAACUGAUCGGCAUCCACCCCACAGCAGUGCUCCUGGGAGGCUCAGCACCUCGGAGCAUCCAGGAUGGCUCAGGAGACAAACCAGACGCAGGUGCCUCUGCUGUGUACCACCGGCUGCGGAUUCUAUGGCAGCCCCCGGACCAACGGGAUGUGCUCCGUUUGCUAUAAGGAGUUUCUCCAGAGACAGCAGAGCAGUGACCGGAUAAGCCCCCCAGCAUCCAGUGGUCCCAACAGCAGCCCCGUGGCUUCGGAUUCAAUUGCAGGGCAGCAUGUGGAGGGAGACUCCAGCCCUGAGGAUGCAAAAGCCAGUGCUCAGACUCCGGUGACCCAUCAGAUGACGGCCAUGAGCAUAUCCAGAGAAGAAAACAGCAGUGAGACAGAAGAACUCAUCAAGACAGAAGAAGCCUCAUCAGCAUCUUCCUCAUCAGGUACCCUGCUUGAAACACCCCAGAACACAGCUGAGGGUAAAGCAGCCUCAGAAAAACCCAAACAGAAGAAGAAUCGCUGCUUCACCUGCCGCAAGAAGAUAGGGCUGACUGGCUUCGACUGCCGCUGCGGGAACCUGUUCUGUGCCAUCCACCGGUACUCCGACAUGCACGCCUGCCCCUAUGACUACAAGGCAGAAGCUGCUGAGAAGAUCCGUAAGGAGAACCCCAUUGUGAUCGCUGAGAAGAUCCAGAAGUUGUGAAAGGGGCUGAGCAGCUCGAACUGCAGCCAGGUGGCCUGGUGCUCCUCCCCUUCCUCCCAGCCUUCCUCCUCUUCCUCCCAGCGCCAUCCGUGGUGUGAUGGGGACUCGAGCAGCACACACGAACCAGCACCCAGACAUGGGGAUUCCUCGCACCUCCUUGCAGCCAGUUAGUGUUCCUCCUGUCCCUUCCUGCCCAUCCGACAGCCGCAGCUCAGCUGAUCUGCUCCCAGCCAGCUUCCCAAAGGAAAAGGGACUGUCCUGCCCCGCCACUCCAGCGCUAAGACCUUCGGACUUGUCUUCACCGGGGCGGUUUGUGCAUGUGGCAGCCAGGCUCUGCCUUUCCCUUCAGCCAGCAGCUCCGAGGCCCGUGAACCUCCCAGGACUCGCAGCCGGAGCCCAUGAGCAGCUUCUGGACUUUUCCUUUUGCCCCAGGGUCUUUUUUGGCGGGUGUGGAAGUGGGAGCUGGGGAACGCCAGCAGCGGGGCUGCCUUCUGCUCCCCGAGAGGUGUUUGGUCUCAGAUGCACAAAAGAUGAUUCUGUAGUUUUAAUGCUCUAAGUACCCCUCCCCUCCCUUUGCGACACUGUUGUGGCAGCACCGAGGUGGUUAAGCAGCAGAAUACUGGCACAGUAAAGUUAUUUUGUGGCUUGAA